AUGGAACAAGUUGAACUUCCUUUUGUAUUUUGCUAACAACAUAAUGAUUAUAUGAUAGAAGUAGUUUGCUAUGAUUAUUUGAGUUAAUAAUGUAGAUUUAUGUGUAAGUAAUGUUAUAGAUAGAAUAAUAAUUCUAAUACGUAAUAAAGGGAUUCAGAAUUUUAAUAGCGAUAAUAAUAAUUUUAGCAGAAAUGCACGUAGGAAAAAGGAUAACUGAAUAAUUAUUUAUAACAAAAAAUUGAAUUAUUAUUCGGAGAAUUUAAAGCAGUGAUUUAAAGCCAUUUGGAAAAUAUCUAAGGAUCAUUUAGGAAUUCAUUAUAAUAGAUAGAUAAUUUUGUGCCUUAAUUAUCAAAUUUAAAUUAAUAAGAUGCUUAGAAAACAAUAGAGAAGUAGAGAUAAAAAAUAAACGAAUUAAGAAAAGAAUCUAUUAAGAAUAAGUCAAAUUAAUUAAAUGAGUUAAAAAAUAAGAUAAUUUAGAUAGCUCUUAAUAUAGAGAAUUUAAUAUUUUCAGAACAUCUUUUGGGUUAAUAAUUAUAUUAAAUUCCAGAUCUUUAAACUAUUUUUAAAAAUUUUGAUACGAAUAAUUUAUUACUGUCAUUUGAAUAAAAUUAUCAUAUAAAAUAUCAAUAUAUUACUGAAUUAGAUAUUGAAAACAGGAUGGAUUCAUAGAAAUAAGAAUUAGAAAGAAUUUUGAAGAGAAAUAGAUAAAUUUAGACAAAUUUAAAUGAUCAAUAUUAAAAAAUAGAUAAUGAAUUAUAGAAAUAAAAGGACUAAAUGCUUGCUCGGUUUAAAAAAUACCAAAAUUGGGUAAUUACGAAUAAUGAACAAAUUAAUCAAAAUAUUUAAAAGGCUUAACUCAACACAACAGAAAUAUAAAUGCUGGCUUAAUAAGAUUUUAUUAAUUUAGGACUAGUAGAUUUAGCAAAUAAGAAAUUGAAUAAUUCUUUAGAUGAAUUCAGAAAUACCUUAAGCAAGAUUUGUCAUCUUGGAUUUUAUGAUAUUAAAAUAAGCUUGCAAGAUAUAGAAACUAAUUUUAUGCUCAACCUUAUUCCAAUUAGAUUCACUUAAGGUAUAAGUCCUAUGCAAAGUAAUAUCCUAAAUUAAUAUCGUGAUGCAACCAACGUCAAGGCAAAUUUGAAUCAAAAUGGAGACAUAUAUGGAUAAGUUUUAAUUAAAGAACCUAGUGCAACAAUUACAGUUUAAGUCUCAAGCUAAGAAAAACAAGAAGGAGAUUCGAUUAAGAAUUACUAAAAUUAAACUCUCUUUGAUUUUAAUUUAUUAAAAUUUUUCCCAGAUAGUCAGAAUAAGUUUAGUUAUUAACUUAAAAGAACACAAUUAGGAGUUGAAACAUACGAUGAUAAUAUAAAUUAAUGGUCACUUAAAAAAUAAAAUAAUGGAAAGUACAAAUUUACAGUUGUUGUUAAUUAAAGAGAUUAGAUUAUAUUCGAAGAUAUUGAAAUAAGAGAUAAUAAGUUGGAAUAAAACUCUAGUAUAAUAGUGAGGUAUUCUGACUCAAGAAAUUAAUAUGAAGGUUAGAUUAAUAAUAAUUUUUAAUAUUCUGGAAAAGGAAAGUUAAUAGAAAAUGGAAUUAUCAAAGAUGGAAUAUGGAAAAAUGGACAACUUGAUGGAAUAGGAAUAAUUUUAUAAAAUGGUAUUGAAAUAUAUAAUGGAAACUUUGAAAAUGGAAUGAAAUAAGGAAAUGGAAGAGAAUUUUUGAUUUCAGAUCUUUAUUAUGAUGGUCAAUUUGAAAGAGAUGAAAAACAUGGAGUAGGUAAAAUUGUGAAAAAGAAGGGACAGGAAUUUAUAACAGUUGAAGAAAAAAUUAAAUGGAAAAAUGGUUAAUCCCAAAAUGAUGUUUGCAAAAUAUUUUGA